AUGAGCGACGAGCACUACUUGGAGCUUUGUGACAAUCUGGUUCACUUUGAGAACGCUUCGAGCGUCAACAAUGUUUUCUUCGACGAAGCCAACAAGCAGGUCUUCGCGGUGCGUUCGGGGGGCGCCACGGGGGUGGUCGUCAAAGGUCCGGACGACAAGAGUUCCGUGGCCUUCAGAAUGGAGGACAAAGGAGAAGUCAAGUGCAUCAAGUUCUCCAUAGGGAACAAAAUUCUAGCCGUGCAGAGGACCUCCAAGUCGGUGGACUUUAUCAACUUCAUCCCGGACUAUCCGCACACGGAGUUCACGCACGAGUGCAAGAUGAAGAACGCCAACCUGUUGGGAUUCUGCUGGACCAACUGGAACGAGAUCGUCUUUGUCAGCGACCAGGGCCUGGAGUUCUACCAGGUGUUCCCAGACAAACGCGUCGUGAAGCUGCUCAAAAGUCACAGCUUCAACGUCAACUGGUACCAGUACUGCCCCGAGGCCGCCGUGGUGCUGCUGUCCACCACCGUGCAGGCCAACGUCUUGCAGCCCUUCGCCUUCCGGAGCGGGAGCGUGUCCAAGAUGUCCAAGUUUGAGAUCGAGCUGCCCGUGGUCCCCAAACCGGCAAAACUCAGCCUCUCGGAGAGAGACGUCGCCGUGGCCACCGUGUACGGACAGCUGUACGUCAUGUACCUGAAGCAUCACUCCAGGAGCGCCAACAGUCCCGGUGCCGAGGUGGUGCUCUACCACUUGGCCAGGGAAGGCGCGUGUAAGAAGACGCACGUGUUGAAAUUGAACACCACGGGAAAGUUUGCGCUCAACAUCGUGGACAACCUGGUGGUGGUCCAUCAUCAGAGUUCCCAGACUUCCUUGAUAUUCGACAUCAAGUUGAAGGAGUCGGACGGCGCCGUCAGCACGCACCGACCCGUGCUUCCCGCUCGCUCCAUCCGGCCGCGUCCCGUCCCGCUCGCCGGUCCGGCGGCGGUCUCGUCCCAAAUCCCCGUACCGUGUCAGCUGUACUCGUCUUCGUGGAGCGUCUUCCAGCCGGACAUCAUCAUCAGCGCCAGCGAAGGUUACCUGUGGUACCUUCGCGUCAAGUUGGGGCCGACGGUGGACAUGCUUCAAGACAAAAGCAAACUGAUGGACUUCCUCUUACGCCGCAACGACUGCAAGACGGUCGUCCUGUCCGUCUGCUCUCAGCUGGUGGAAGGCGAGCAGAGAGGAAGUCUCCCUGUGGUGGCCGGCGUCUUUGACAAACUCAAUCAGGUGUACAAGGACUUUUUGGAGGCGGAGCAAAGCUACACUGCGGUCGUGGAGGCGGCGGUCGCACGAGGAGGCGCCGCCGCCGCCGCCACUCACAAACGACCGGUCAGGAGCCAGGCGGUCAUCGACCAAUCCGACAUGUACACCCACGUCUUGUCGGCGUUCACCGAGCGGAAGGGCGCCUGUCACAAGUCCACCGUCGCCGUGUUGAUGGAGUACAUCCGCUCGCUCAAUCGCUUCCAGAUCAACGUGCAGCAUUACUUGUACGAGCUGGUGAUCAAGACGCUGGUGCAGCACAACCUCUUCUACGUCUUACAUCAGUUUCUGCAGUAUCACGUCCUCACCGACUCCAAACCUCUGGCCUGUUUGCUCCUGUCUCUGGAGAGCACCUACCCCCCCGCCCACCAGCUGUCGCUGGACAUGUUGAAGCGCCUGUCGACGGCCAACGACGAGAUCGUGGAGGUCCUGCUUUCCAAGCGCCGCGUUCUGGCCGCGCUCAGAUUCAUCCGCAGCGUGGGCGCCCACGACAACGCGUCGGCCAGGAAGUUUCUGGACGCGGCUCGUCAGACGGGCGACGACAUGUUGUUCUUCACGGUCUUCAGGUCCUUCCAGCAGAGGAACCUGCGUCUCCGUGGGAACCCCGCCUUCAACCCCGGCGAGCACUGCGAGGAGCACGCCCUUCACUUCACGCGGCUCUUUGGGGAGCAGGCCCUGAUGAAAGCAGCCACCGCCUAG